AUGUCGACCGCGGUACGAAACAAUUGCCCGCUGUGCAAUAAUCCUGAUGAUGAUGAUGAUAUGGUCGCGUGUGACCAAUGUGACACCUGGCAUCACUUCAGAUGCGCUGGGGUGAAUCACUCGAUUGCAGACCGGUCGUGGCGGUGCAAUAAGUGCCAUUUGCAGAUAUUGCCAGCGUUAUCGAAAUCGUCUCGGAGGUCGACAUCCGAAGCGCAAGCUGAGUUGCAGUUGAAAAGGUUAGAAGAGGAAAGAGCGAUGCAUGCUAAGCAUCUGGCUGAGGAUCUUGCCAUUAAGCAGGCUAAGUUAGCGCAGCAGGAAGACGCGCUGAAACUGCAGAGGGAGAUUGACCAGCACUAUAUAGAGCAACGGUAUGCGGUACUUCAAUCGACACUGGAGGAAAACGAUAAUCGGAGUAAUCGAUCGCUACGUAGUCAACAAAGCAGUCGUAGUAAGGUUAAGGAUUGGAUGGAGAAGCAGCAGGAACAGGCAGCAGGUACGGAAUCGGAAGCUACCCUUCCCGCCGGAACCACGUCGUUCGCCGCAACUCAAGGAAAACCAACUAACGCCACUAUAGCUGUUGCUGUACAAUCGACGGUGCCCUUCAUUCCAGUUCCUAUCAGUAGCGUAGGGUUGAGUAACACACCGAAGCGACCAUUUACGACUGUUGGAGGAAAUAGCCAGAUGUUACCGACGACGCUUGUAUCGACUGCUGUUCUUACCGGUACAGAAAGAAACCAAAAUGUGCUUACAGUGCAAGAAGUUCCCUGCACGUUGCCACUAAUGAAUCCAGCGUAUGCUACACGUGCCGUAGUAGAACAACCGAUUUCGGCAGUUCGACAACUUACAUCGGGUAUGAGUUACAGACCGUAUACAGUAACAAACACUACGUUUACGGGUGCAUUAGUGGCCCGACCAGUCCCGUCUGUACAAGCAGCUACUGGUAUCAUACCGAUAUCUUCAUCGAGUAAUGCAUAUGUAGGUGCAGCGACCCGACCAGUCCCGUCUGUACAAGCAGCUAGUAGUAUCAUACCGAUACCUUCGUCGAGUAAUGCAUACGUAGGUGCAGCGACUCGACCAGUUCCGAAUUUAGAGUAUGAUCCAAAUGUUCAUGCACUCCAUCAGAGCUCAGGAGGUAAGACUUUAGAAAACAUCCUUGAACAAAUAAACUAUCGGGUAGGAGAUUUAGUGAUUGGUAAUAGGUUAGCUGAGACGCCCAAUAUGCAAAGUCUUCCACCGCGUUUUCGAUCGUUACCCCCGUCCACUCGCGAUCCCGGGGUAUUUCAAUCCAACGCAGCCGAGCAACAUUUUCUUCAUAGCACACCGCACCCAAAUGUGAACUUAAUAGCUACCCCACACCCGAGGCGUAUCGAAACUAAUAUUCCGUCUCUCGGUGUGCCUGAUAUCUCUCAAUCCAUACCUGAGCCAGCAAUCAGUUCAUCUCUUGCAGUGGCGGGCCCAUCGCAGCAACAAUUGGCUGCUCGGCAAGUGGUUUCGAAAGAGUUACCGGUGUUCACAGGAAAUCCCUUGGAGUGGCCGUUAUUCAUUAACAGUUACGAAAAUUCGACUGCGCUGUGCGGUUUUUCGUUAGCAGAAAAUAUGAUGCGUUUACAGCGGUCCUUGAAAGGAAAUGCGCUAGAAGCUGUACGUUGCAAUUUAUUGAUGCCGGAUGCAGUGCCCCGUGUGAUGGCCACGCUGAAAAUGCUGUACGGUCGACCGGAAAUAAUAGUGAACUCGUUGUUAGCAAAAGUUCGUUCUACGCCUCCCCCCAGAGCUGACAGGUUGGAAACAUUAAUUACAUAUGGAUUGGUUGUGCAGAAUCUGUGCAGCCAGCUGAUUGCCUCUGGACAAAUCGCCCACCUGGGUAACCCGUCUCUUCUACAAGAGCUCGUAGAAAAAUUACCUGCGAGUAUUAAGAUGGAUUGGGCACGGUAUAAGCGAAGAGUACUGAGACCUGAUAUUACUACAUUUGAGAACUACAUGUCUUCAAUCAUCGAGGAAGCCAGUGAGGUUUCAUUGUUCGUCGAACCGGAGAGGGGUAAUAAGGAAACCAAAAGACCUCCCUCCCGAGAUAAGGCGUUUGUGAAUGCUCACGGGUUAGAAGGUAAUGGUAAAGUAAGCUCUGAGAACAGUUCAGGCAGAGCAGUUCAGGAUCAACCAAAACAGAAAAGCUGUCCUAUUUGUCAACAGAUUGGACACAAAGUGAAGGAUUGUGGAAAAUUCAAGGCACAGAAUCUCCAUGAACGGUGGAGGCUUGUCGAAGAUCAGCAAUUAUGUCGUCGUUGCCUCGUUCGGCACGGAAAAUGGCCUUGUCAUACAACAUAUCCAUGUGGAGUGGAUGGAUGUGACGCCCGCCAUCAUCAACUACUUCACCCCGGAAAGAGCAAUGAAGUGAAGCGAUCCGUUGAAAUAACGAAUCCAGUAGUGAAGACAAACUUAGCCAGUACUUCCGGAACUGUAAGUACACAUCGACAGGUGGUUAAUUCUAUACUGUUUCGUGUGAUUCCUGUGACGUUGUACGGACCAAAUUCAUCAAUCAAAACUUUCGCCUUCCUGGAUGAAGGUUCGUCACUAACUCUACUGGACAAAGACAUCGCGAAGGAACUAGGAUUGAAUGGAGAAGUAAGCUCGUUAUGCUUGAACUGGACUUCGGACGUCUCUCGCAUUGAACCAAGCUCAGAACGUCUGACAGUAGAAAUAGCAGGUGGAAACGGUACAACCAAAUACACUAUGUCUAAUGUUCGCACGGUGGACGGCUUGAAACUACCAGCUCAGAGUCUCGUGUAUGAAGAUUUGGUUGGAAGCUUUCCUUACCUCGGGGGGCUUCCAAUAGAAAGCUACCGAGAUGCUAAUCCGCGAAUUCUCAUCGGAGUGGAACACUCAAAACUCAGUGUAGCUCUUAAGAAACGAGAGGGUCGAGGGGACGAACCAAUAGCUACGCGCUGUCGCCUUGGAUGGACAAUCCAUGGCAGAAUAGGAAGCGGAAACCAGGACGCCGCAUAUUUCAAUCAUCAUGUCUGUGAUUGCUCAACCGAUCGCGAACUCCAUGGUAUAGUCGAACGUUUUUUUGCAAUCGAUGCAGUUUUGUCAACAGUGCCAACGAUUGAGACAGAAGAUGAUAGGCGAGCUCGACGAAUUCUGACCGAAACUACAGUACGAGUAGAUGGUGGUUUCGAAACAGGUUUACUGUGGAAAUACGAUUACAUAGAAUUCCCCAGAAGCUAUUCGAUGGCUGAACAAAGACUCAAAUGUUUGGAGCGUCGAAUGAAAUCCAACCCAGCAUUACGCGAGAAUCUCGUUAGGCAGCUUCGUGAAUAUCAGAAAAAGGGGUACGCUCACAAAGCUACGGAAACCGAACUUUUAGCGGCUGACCCUACGCGGGUUUGGUAUCUUCCCCUUGGGGCUGUCAUCAAUCCAAAAAAGCCUGGAAAAGUACGUGUGAUCUGGGACGCUGCUGCGAAGGUCAAUGGAAUCUCGUUGAAUACAAUGCUUUUGAAAGGGCCAGAUAUGUUGACUUCUCUACCAGCUGUCUUAAGCCGAUAUAGACAACGUCAAGUGGCCAUCAGUGCGGAUAUCAAGGAGAUGUUUCAUCAACUUAGAAUUCGGGAAAGUGAUAAGCAGUCUCAGCGGUUUCUUUGGCGAGAAGAUCCUUCGCAUGCUCCGGAGGUAUUUGUGAUGGACAGAGCCACAUUUGGAUCAACCUGUUCUCCAUGUUCGUCUCAGUAUGUUAAGAACCGGAACGCUGUAGAGUACGCUGAAGAAUUUCCAGAUGCAGCAGAAGCCAUAAUCGACAACCACUACGUGGAUGACUAUUUGGACAGCCGUGAUACUGAAGAUGAAGCGGUGCGUAUAGCUCGGGAGGUGAAGUUUGUACAUGCCAAGGGCGGCUUUGAAAUUCGGAACUGGUUGUCUAAUUCGACCAAUGUCCUCGCACAACUGGGAGAAAUGAAGCACAGCACAGUAAAGCGAUUCGUGUUUGACAAAUCGGAGGAAGAAUCUGGUGAGCGUGUUCUCGGCAUGAUAUGGUUGCCGCAUGAAGACGUUUUCUCCUUUCCAGUUACGUUUGGCGAAUCUCUUAAAACGCUAUUGAUAGACUCGAUCGUACCAACGAAGCGUCAGAUUUUAAAAGUGGUUAUGAGUAUUUUUGACCCGAUGGGAUUUUUGACAACAUUUUUGAUCCAUGGCAAACUGAUCAUUCAGGAGCUAUGGAGAGCCGGAGUAGGUUGGGAUGACCCAAUUCCGGAGAGAGUUCACGUUCAGUGGAAGCGGUGGGCGGCCCAAUUUCCCGAGUUACCUAAAUUACGAAUUCCCCGCUGCUAUUUUCCUAACUAUCAUCCAGAAAGCUACAAAACCCUACAGAUGCACGUUUUUGUAGAUGCCAGCGAAACAGCGUUUGCGUGUGCCGUCUACUUUCGCAUCGAAGAUCGGGGUGUUGUUAGAUGUGCUCUCGUUGCAUCCAAAUCGAAAGUGGCCCCUUUGAAAGCUCUAACAAUCCCUCGUUUGGAACUGCAAGCUGCAGCGCUGGGCUGCCGUUUGGCCGCAAAUGUCGAAAAGAAUCAUUCUCUGGCGAUCGCCCAACGAUUUUUCUGGAGUGACUCUACGACAGUGCUAUCUUGGAUUAGGUGCAUGGAACCCCGGCGUUACACUCCCUUCGUAACCUUUAGAGUCAGCGAUAUCUUGGCUCAAUCGACUGUGGAUGAGUGGAGAUGGGUACCAACUGCUGAAAACGUAGCCGACGAAGCCACCAAAUGGGGAAAAGGCCCUAACUUCUGUGCAAACGAUCGCUGGUUUCGCGGACCGGAGUUUCUCUACAAACCAGAAUCACAGUGGCCAACUCUAGGAUCACAUGCCGUGGACACAUCUGAAGAGCUCCGUUCGAGAUACGUUUCUCAUCACCUAGAACAACGUUCACUUGUCGAUAUUCGGAGAUUUUCGAAAUGGGAGCGACUGCUGCGGACUGUGGCGUAUACCUAUAAAUUCGUGGCUAACUGUCGACGGAAACUGCGAGCAGAAGCGAACAAUGAUUGUGCAUCUUUGUUACAUCCAGAAUACAUUCUAAAAGCUGAACGAUAUAUAUGGCGCGUGGCGCAGCAUGAAUGUUUCUCUGGAGACAUUCUUGUGCUGGCCCAUAACAGAAAUGUCCCGCAGCAUCUGCAUAAGAAACUCGAUAGUACAAGUUCUAUUCGCAAAGCCAGCCCCUUUUUGGAUGAAUAUGGAGUUAUUCGAAUGGAAGGGCGCAUAACCGAGGCUCCAUACGUGCCCUACGAUGCUAAAUUUCCAGUAAUACUUCCAAAAACCCAUGUGGUUACGAAACUGUUGCUGGACUGGUACCAUAGAAAGUAUGGACAUGGCUACGGAGAAACGGUUGUGAACGAAGUGAAACAGCGAUUUCACAUUCCUAGACUUCGCACAACUGUUAGGACUGUCCGUGGAACAUGUUCUUGGUGUAAGAUUUAUCGGGCGUCACCUAGUGUACCUAGGAUGGCACCGUUACCCGCCGCGCGUUUGACUGCCUACGUCAAACCCUUUACAUAUGUAGGAUUGGAUUAUUUUGGACCAAUAUUCAUCCGAGCAGGCCGAACAAAUCAGAAGCGGUGGGUGGCUCUAUUCACCUGUCUCACCGUACGAGCAGUACACCUGGAGGUGGUCUAUAGUUUGACCACUGAAGCAUGCAAAUUGGCGGUACGACGAUUCAUUGCUCGCAGAGGCUCCCCACUGGAGAUUUACUCGGAUAUGGGCACCAAUUUCAUAGGGGCCAGCAGAGAUCUAGAGAAGGAAAUUCAGCAAGCAAUACUGGGAGUUGCAUCUACCUUCACGAAUACGAACACCCGAUGGCGCUUCAACCCACCCGUUUCUCCUCAUAUGGGCGGAGCAUGGGAACGAAUGGUUCGUGCGGUUAAAAUGGCAAUCUUUGCCCUUCCAAUGGAUAAAAGGCCCAGCGAUGAAUCAUUAAUUACGCUGUUAGCAGAAGCGGAGUUCAUCAUUAAUUCUCGACCCCUAACAUUCGUGCCACUGGAAGCUGCAGAUGAGGAAGCUUUGACUCCCAAUCAUUUUCUGCUUCUGAGUUCAAACGGCAUAUCUCAACCUUCAACGAUGCCGGUUGAUGCAAAAUCAACUCUGCGCAAUAAUUGGGGACACGUGCAACACUUGACGGAUCUUUUUUGGAAGCGUUGGAUCCGGGAGUACCUACCUGUUAUAACGAGACGAACAAAAUGGUUCGACGAAACAAGGCCAGUACAGGUGGAAGAGCUGGUGGUGAUUGUGGAUGAUAAUGUGCGCAAUGGGUGGAUAAGAGGUCGUGUCGUUAAAGUGUUACCUGGGCCAGACGGGCGUAUAAGGAUGGCAGAUGUGCAAACGACAACGGGCAUACUUCGUCGACCGGUAGCUAAACUGGCUGUGUUGGACGUGCGUUAG